GAAUUAACCACAAAUGUGAUGAAAUGUCCCUUUCUGUGAAGUUCAGUUAACAAAGUUCUCUGAGUUUUCCUUAAUUCUGCGACAAAAUUAUAGCAUUGCAUAUAUUAUGAAUUUACGUGUGAAAGUAAAAUUACUGCGACCGCGACUACUAAGCAACGUAUUUCGUUUCGCAUCAACAACUCCAGAAAUUGUGGAGCGAAAUGAACAAGUUUUAAUUGACGAUACUGAUGCUGCUCAGGUCAGGGAAGCAGAAAUUGAAAGGAAAAGGAACAUAUCUCGCUUGACGCAAGCCCAUUUUAAUAUCAUAAAUGGCCGGAUGCCGUAUGAUGAGCCGAAAUGUUUGGCACAUCUAACUGUAAAAUAUCAUAGGAAAAUGUAUGGGAAAUAUGGCGCUCAAAGUGGUGUGGAUCCUAGUCUCUGCUGGCCCACCAAACAGGAUAUUGAAGACAGAAAGGAAUAUGAAUCAGUAGCAUUUCCCUACACAAUCCAGCAGAUGAUGGAGACUGCGGCACAGAAUAGGAAAGAAGCACAACAGAAGAUAGAACAGAGAGAGAAAGAAGUAGAGGCAAAGUUUGUCAAGCUGGAACAGUGGAAAAAGGAACUAAAUGAUAAGAUUGAGAAGAAAGCUAGAGACAUACAAGCUGCUAAGGAAAAGAAAGAGCGUCUAGUAGAAGAAGUACGUCGACACUUUGGCUUCAAACUGGAUCCACGUGAUGAAAGGUUUCAAGAAAUGUUAGCAAAGCGAGAGAAAGAACAGAAAAAGGCUGAGAAACAAGCCCGAAGAGAUGCCAAAGAGAAGAUGAUUAUUGGCAAGUUACAGCAGAAAAGUGUCGAAAUGAGUGACGGAAAGAGCUAGGUCUGUACCUUCGUCAUAUUUUGUUGUUGUAAUAAAAAAACAGAAAUUGUACCUUAGUUUAAUUUUAUGGUUGUUAUGAA